AAUGAAUUCAAUUUUGUUAGUAUCAACAUUAAUUGUAUUUGGAAGAGCAAUUAGCGAUGUAAGAUGUAAUUAAUAAAUAUCAUUUCCUCUACAAAAUGAAGGAUUUGCAGAAGGAGUUCGAGGAUAAGAUUUAAAUUAUUAUUUAUAAACAACAAAGAGAAUCCUGAAAACAAACUCUGAAUUAUAAACUAUAGGUGUAAUAGAUGAAGAAGAUUCUUUGAAUUUUGUUUGUUAAAGAGUAAUUAAUCAUCCUGAUGGAUAACAUGUUUUUUCAGUAUGUCUUGAAUAUGGAGUAAUCCCAUAUUUAACAGCAUAUAAAUGUGAAAAUAACAUAUGCAAACAAAUAGGCUCUACUUAACAAAUUUGGAAUUGUGGAGAUUAGUUCUCAAAGCUAGAAGUAAUUGGAAAUACAUUUGUAGUAUUAAAUGCAUAAAGAGAUUAUCCUUACUAUUCAAAUACUAAUGGUAGAGUAAUGUUUAUGAAUUAUGUAUUAACAGAAGAUAACUUUUACUUGAAACUUCCAUCUUAUUAUUUAGAUUUUUAUUAUUUUGGAUUGCCAAAUACAAUUGAUAUAAUUGAUUUCAGCAUUCAUUAAUAUGAAGAAGAUGGAUUAUUGAAAGCUAAAAUGUUUUUAGCUGAUAGAGAUAAUGGAUUAUUGUGGGUAGAUUGUUAAUUGAAAUAAAACUUACUUAUUCCAACUUCUAAAGGAAGAAUAGAAUUGAGACCUUUAGUUUAUAUGAAAUAAAAUUAAAUCUUUUUGACUAGUAGAAUAAUUUCUAAAUAUGAUAAUAGAUUUGAUAUUCUAGUAGCAUCAAAUAAUAAUGAUCAUUAUAUUGUAACUGCAAUUUUUGAGAAUGAAUAAUUGGCUACAUUUUUCAUUAAGACAUCACUCAAUUAAUAUCAAGAUUGGCCUGCUAAAAAUAGAUUGGACUUAUAUAAGAAUUAUUUUGCAAUAACAUAUUGGUCUCCAAAUAACAUUUCAGCAAUUAGUAUUUAUAAAUUAUCAGAGAAUUCUGAAACAUCAUAAUUCUCUGUUGGACCUUUUUAUACAAUAUUAUUAACAUAGUAGUCUUAUUCUGUUGUAUUUUUUGGAGAAAAUAGCAAUAAAUAAAUAGUGUUGAAUUAUAGAUCAUAAAGUAAUGAGAUAACAUAAUGUCUAUUAAAUUGA